AGUACAUCCGACAUCCGAAUAAAUCGUAAUGGCACGAACCAAACAAACCGCCCGCAAGUCCACCGGAGGUAAAGCACCGAGGAAGCAGCUGGCCACCAAAGCCGCACGUAAGAGCGCACCCGCCACCGGUGGAGUUAAGAAGCCACAUCGCUACCGUCCGGGAACCGUCGCUCUACGCGAAAUCCGUCGGUACCAGAAGAGUACUGAACUGUUGAUCCGCAAAUUACCGUUCCAACGUUUAUUCUAUGGUUUGUUACGACCACCUGCCAUUGCCGCACAGAGAUGUCCGCCUCACACCAGUGGCGGCUAUCCUAGAGUAGAAGUGUAA